UGGGACAAUACCAUCAUGCUCGCGAACAUUAUUUUUUACUUGCGAGAUACCGCCCGGACAUGGUUCGAAACGCAUGAGGAAGAGAUCACCUCUUGGGAACUCUGUAAGUCCAAACUUCAAGACCUUUUUGGACGUCCCACCGGGCGUAAGCUGUCUGCGAAGCGUAAGCUGGGUUCCCGCGUACAAACAUCUACAGAGUCAUAUGUCACCUAUAUACAAGACGUCAUCUCUCUCUGCCGCAAGGCUAACCCUGAGAUGUCAGAUACUGACCGCAUCGAGCACAUCUUAAAAGGCAUAGCAGACGAUGCCUUCCAGCUGCUUGUAAUCAAAGACUGCUCAACGGUCGACGAGGUCAUCAAGGAGUGCCGCCGGUUCGAAGCUGCUAAAACACGAAGGAUAGCACACAAAUUCAACCGCUUGCCCAACACACCAGCAACAUCAUCUUGCGAAGACACAGAUGCCAGUUCGGUACAGAUUACCAAAAUCGUCCGCCGAGAGCUGGAAGCAAUGAUGCCUACGACAGUCUUCAGACCGCCCCAACGUCGGGACCCAGCCGCAUGGAGAACACCCGACAAUCGGCCAAUUUGUUUCCACAGCAACGUGGUUGGUCAUGUCGCCCGCUAUUGCCGCAACCCAUGGAGCAACCAGCAGCCCAGCUUCAAGAGGUGA